AUGUUUUCUAAAGCUUUAUCCAGGAAUCAACAAGAUAUUUUCCUUAGAAAGUUUAGGAGGGAUGAAUAUUGUAUGUGGAUGGAAUUGGAAAAUAGCAGGUUUGGGGAGUUUGCCAGGAUUACACAAAUGAUGAAUAAUGGUAAAAGAAAGGGUUUGAUUAUUCCCCAAGGCUCCCAAGGCAUUGGAUGGAAAGGGUUUAGAGGAUUAAUGGAGGAUGCUCUUUCAGGUGGAAGGAAUACUCUGAUACAAGAAGAAGAAAAUCAAAGUUUGAUGGUGGUAUCAAAAUGUAGAGUCAAAGAGCAAGAAAAUGGGGCAUGGGCUGAGAUGCAUAAGGAAAAUACUCCUGCAAAUGUUAAGGGGUAUGAAAAUAUGCUUAAAGAAGAGGUUAAAUGGAGAGCUCAAAUGAUAGGGCUUUCUCACACAGGCAAAGGGGGGUCUCUCCAUAGACGAAACAAAGGCUCUCCUCAAAGUCGAAAACUGAUGAUUAAGGUUGCUGAAGCUAAUCGUCGAGCAAAGGGGGGAUUGGAGCUUCUGAUAGGAUCUCCUUAG